AUGGACCUCACGAUGCUAGUGGUAAAGAAGCGGGACGAUCAACUGCAAACGCGGUACGUCACCGAGGAGAUCACGACGGUGCAGGAAGAGUUUGGCCUGCGCAGCGAACGCGAUGCCUUCGACACACUGAAAGGGCUGUUUCUAUCACCAUUCGCUUUGCAGGUGACCGAUUUCGACACGCAGUUCCAGGACGGCGUUUUUUUGGUUAUCCUUAUGGGACUUUUGGAAAGAUACUUUGUUCCUUUGCACAGUUUCUACUUGACGCCGUCAACCUUUGAAGAAAAGGUCCACAACGUAGCACUGUGUUUCAGUUUGAUGGAAGAAGCUGGAGUAUCGCUGCCAAAAUCUCGACCAGAGGACAUAGUUAAUGGAGAUAUCAAAUGCACGCUGCGAGCUUUUAUAGCUCUUUAUUUUAGGAGGCGAACGCCGACCGGCCGUCCAUCCAUCUAUCUACUUAUCCAUCACAUCAGUUCGUCCAUCGUCAUUAGUCCGGCAUUUCCUGUGCGUCUUUGUGUUCGAUUGGUGGCUUUUCUUUUUGGCCCGUUCAUUCCACCGCCCCAGAUUUACGCGCGCACUCGCACCUCUACCCUCGAGGUCGAUCACUUGACCCUCGCUGUGAAGUUUGAUGUGACCAUGACGACUGGUCCGUCGCAGCCACGUUGUUCGAUGGCACUUCAGGUCAGCUUCUCUUCUACCUCGUUUUCAUUGUGCUACCCAAGGUGUUCAUUCCUGUUGCGGCUCGUGUCCUUUGGAAAUUUGAGUUUGUGUUUUUUCUGUUGUUCGUGCCCUUGGCUGUCUAACUCUUUACUACUUCACGUUUUCUCCGUUUACGUCCAUUUUCCUUUGGCGUUUGUUUUUGCUAGUGUUGUCUGUUGAUU